UUCUGCUCCAUGCUUCUGAUUUACUACGAAAACCCGGCUACAACAGCGCGACCCCAGCAGUGCUGCCCGCGCCCCCCGCCCCCCGCACGGCGCACACGCUGCUUGGCCGAGCGGGAGAGAGGAGCUGCGGCUCCGAGCGGCGCGCAUAACCGCUCCCUUCUCCUAACAGACCCCCACCGCUCAGCGAGCGAGCGGACACGGGAUUACAAACCCAUACCGCCGUUUGACAGUUGCGGCAAAAAGGAGCAUCACCGCCACGGCUGCUUUCCACGUGAGCUCGCACGUCCCCCUUUGCGGCUCUUUGUGUUCCUUAGUUAUAUGAGCGUUUCCUCCCCAAGGCGAUUCCCAGGCGGUGCUACGCACCGGGAUGAAGAUGCCAGUCACUUUAACAGCCGUUCCAUGGCAAAAGAAAGGGGAUGCGAGAUGAAGCGCGCCGCGCACCGGCGAACGGCUCCGUACCGUGCGGCUCGGCUCCCUGGGCUCCGCUUCGUCUUUUUUUCAACUAUCUGCCGAAAUUGACGGAUUUGUUUAUUACCAGCUGGUCUGCCGAUCGAGUGGCAUUUCGUGCCCAAAGAAAACAGCUGACACUUAAGCGCCGUUUUUGUAUUUUGCAGUUCGGCCAACCGCGCUGCUGUGACAAAUAUAUAUUUUUCUUGAACUGGUGCAGUUGACCGGUUUUUACGUCUGAAGAUAGUAAAAGUCACUGCCGCAUCGCCGAUGCCAAAGCCUGGGAUUUCGGAGUCUUUCCAAGACACCGAGCUGCUUCGGACUGUGAUCUGAUGGUGUUUCUCCAUCCCGCUUCUCACGUCGUUUUUAUUUGCAGCUGAGUUUCCUGCAGCGCGUUUCGCCGCGAUGAUGCCCGUCGGCGCGAUGCCCAGGGGCCGCUCGCUGAGCCCGGCGUCCCUGUCCCGGAGCCUUUCGAGGCUCAGGGGCUUUCGGACGCGAACCCGGAUCAUGCUGUCCCUCGGAGUGUCCCAGAUGGUCUUGGGGAGUCUCAUCCUGGCGGUCAGUUUCGCCGCCUUGGCUCUCACCACCUCGCCGAGGGUCAGGCAUUCGUGUCCCUUCUGGGCUGGAUUCUCCGUGCUUCUCUCUGGCUUGAUUGGAGUGGUGUCCUGGAAGAGGCCGCUGUCCCUGGUGAUCACCUUCUUCAUGCUGCUGUCCGCCGUCUGCGUCAUGCUCAACCUGGCUGGAUCCAUCCUGUCCUGUCAGAACGCCCAGCUGGUCAACUCUCUGGAGGCCUGUCAGUUGAUCAAGUUCGACAGUGACGGAGUGUGUGAGUGUUGCGAGAUGCAGCACCAGAGCUCCGGCUGCAACAACCUGGGCGAGACGCUGAAGCUCAACCCCCUGAGGGACUGCAACACCAUCCGCCUGCGUCUCAAGGAGCUGCUCUUCAGCGUGUGUGCCCUGAACGUCAUCUCCACCAUCGUCUGCGCUCUGGCCACCGCCAUGUGCUGCAUGCAGAUGGUGUCUACUGACGUGCUGCAGAUGUUCAUGCCACGCCGAUCACGUUCCAUGAAUGCAGACUGCAUGACCCCCCACGGCACCAUCCUGCACCAGACCCUGGACUUCGACGAGUUCAUCCCUCCAAUUCCCCCACCCCCCUACUACCCCCCAGAGUAUACCUGCACCCCGGUGAUGGAGACCCAGAGAGGGUUUCACCUGGACUUUCCCCACUCUCCGUUCACCGCCAUCUACGGCAUGCCCAUCAACAGCCCUGGGACACUGUACCCCUCGGAGCUGCCUCCGCCCUACGAGGCCGUGGUGGGCCAGACGCCAGCCAGUCAGGUCACCACCAGCAUGGAGCAGCAGGCCACCGAGUCCAGCCUUUGUGAGAGAAACACUACAGCUGGCUUCAGCACACAGGCCUCAGUGGACAGCGCCUCCCUGAUGGUGUCAGAGUUAGCCGAGCUGCCUGACCACAGCUGUUCCUCCGAAGACCUUUGUUCCCUGGAAGUGCAGGGCUCCCUGCGCUCCCCCUCGGACCUCUCUCCCUGCGACGCACCCAAUGCUGGUCCGAUGGACGGCAGCAUCACCAGCCUAGAGAACAGCGUACCCAGCUCGCUGAAGCACCAGCCCCACAGUGAGGGCGCCCACACCCAGGAGCGCUCCCCCGACUGCUCAUUGGACAACAUCAGCACACUGGGGUGGGAGGAGCCAGCCAGGGCCACGCCUAUGCAUUCCAGAGAGAAAGCCAAUAGGAUGCUAGCCCGUCCACCUCCUCUUCGUCCUCCUCCUGCCUCCUCCUCUGCUUCCACAGUCCAGUCAAGUGCAGCCCCAGCCUCUGUCCCGCCUGCCUGCCCCUCUCCCUCCCCACCGCCCCGGCCGCGUGGACACAGGCUGUGCUUCAGCGUGUGGUCCCCCUCAUCCUCUUCCUCAUUCUCCUCAGCAUCACAGCCCCCCUCGGGUUCCACAACCAGCUGCUUCUCACCCCCUGAGAAAACCCGUUCUGCACGGUCCGGCAGGAGGUAUCAACUGGCCCGAAUUGUGCGUUCUACCAGUGACCCCAUAUCCUGUUCGUCCAUCUCUAGAACAAACAGCUGUGCAUCCUCUGUGGCUCCACCUGCUGGAGAGUCUGCACAGACCUCACCUGCUCCAGAUGCACUCUCUAAACACGACCCUGUGCUGAAGACCACUAGAAGACCAGAGAAACGAAACAGCUUUGCUAGCGGGACAAGUAAAGACGACGGCAGGGAGGUGCGGCUCAAGCCGCGACUGCCCCGUAGCACGUCCGGCGAGCGGCCCCACUCCUUAGCUGACCUCAAGGCCUACAAGGACACAAAAAUCCUGGUGGCCAAGUUCCUCGAGCACUCCAGCUGCAAUCUGCCCCCCGAAGUGCAGCAGGUGGUCAACAGCAUCAAGUUCGUCAUCAAGUCCGACGAGAGACACAUGGAAGAGGCCAUAUUUAGUGCCAACGUCAUCGAUCAGAUGAUGAUGCAAUCCCAGGAUCAAGGGAGAAGCCCCCCCAGGAAGCACGCCCUUCAGGACUUGCAUCUACAGAGCUGCGGAGCGCUGAGCUCCUCCACUGUCUCCCUGCGUCCUUCCCGUACCCCCCCUGCUGCUGGGGCUGCAGGGACACCCCCAUCUGACCAUCCGCACAGCCCUGUCAGCAUGUGCCGAGAGACCAUCCUCUGACCACCGCCGAGCAGCCGGAAGACAAGCCUCUAAUGGCCCCUGGCUGCAUGUUGUAGGUGAGGCCAGGAGCAAACCAGCCACUUCUGGCAAGGGAGCCCAGCACAAGGCAAAUGCUGCCUCCUUGUGGCUGCCAGAGGUACUCCCUCAGUGACCUUCCCCAUGUUCCUAUUAUGUAAAUUAACUGUUGAUCAAUGUGAAUAACCAACAAAGCCAAGAGAGCAAGAACACUGUUUUUAAAAACAAAACAAAAAUAAAAAAUUCAACACAACUGUGAAUUGCACACUUGGACGACUGUGGCUCUCAGGAGCCUUGGGAAUGUUACCCCUUGACCUCUGAUUACAAUGGCGGACAGAAGAAGAUGGAUUAUUUAACUUACCUCAAUGUGUUACAAUUCAUAUCAGUGUUACAAUAAAAUACAAACUUUUUCUCUA